AUGACUCUCCCUAGGUGUUGCAUAGUGACCUGGUACAACGACGACCGCCACUACCACCUCCACAACGUCUACAAGCACAACUUCGACGUCUACCUCCACCACAACCUCAACCUCUACUUCAACUACAACGUCAACGUCCACUUCUACAUCCACUUCUACCACAACUUCAACAUCUACUUCUACCACAUCUACCACAACUUCAACAUCUACUUCUACCACAACUUCAACAUCCACUUCUACCACAUCUACAUCCACUUCUACCACAUCUACAUCCACUUCUACCACAUCUACAUCCACUUCUACCACAUCUACAUCCACUUCUACCACAUCUACAUCUACUUCUACCACAUCUACAUCCACUUCUACCACAUCUACAUCCACUUCUACCACAUCUACAUCCACUUCUACCACAACAACAACAUUCACGUCGACCUCAACAUCAACAUCUACUUCUACUACAACAUCAACAUCAACAUCCACUUCCACCACAACAUCAACAUCCACUUCCACCACAACAUCAACAUCCACUUCCACCACAACAUCAAUCCACUUCCACCAACAACAUCAACAUCACACUCAACAUCCACUUCCACCACAACAUCAACAUCCACUUCCACCACAACAUCAACAUCCACUUCCACCACAACAUCAACAUCCACUUCCACCACAACAUCAACAUCCACUUCCACUACAACAUCUACAUCCACUUCGACCACAACAGCAACGUCGACUUCAACAACGUCAACUACAACUGUGAAUUACUGCGGAGAUUGCGACAAGAGUGUAACAGUGUCGAAAACUGCAUAUCCAAACAACGGUACUAUUUAUAGUACAACUUGGAAAACGCCAAACUACCCUGACGACUACCCAGAUGGAUGUACUUGCACAUUUACAUUCCAAUUGCAAGGAAAAGGCUUCGUGCAGGUUGCCUUCGAAGACAACGACAAGAUUUUCACCGACACGAAUUGCGCCAUUGAUCACCUGGAGUUCGCGGGAGACUUGUUAAAUGUGAACGAUAAACACCUCUGCGACCUGGCUAACGAAGAAGGAUACAUGAUGUCGUCGAGCAGUGUCUCGACUCUGGGCUUCACUGCCACUUUCAUUUCAUCCUGCGACGAUAACUGCGAAGUGGGGAAGGGCUUCAAAAUGACCGUGACGUUCCAAACCAUGUAAGACAGAUAAGCAAAGUCUCUGUCAAGGAGCUGCCGAAGAAGGACCACUGCAAGGCUUUUGGAACUCAUCUUACGAACUUGUGGGACGGAAACUCAGUCAAAUUUGGAACUCAUGUUAUCCAUAUGUAUACAGUUAUAUACAGUGCUAGGUCCCUGUUGAUAUAGCCAGCAAGCAUUCGGUAAUACAAAGUGUAGAUUGCAUAAACAGACGAUGAAAUGUUACUCACAAAACCAAAAGAGAGACCAUAUUCUAUUCUAUAUAAAAUCGGUUUUAAACUGGUGUAAAAUUGCAUUAAGUAUCCGAAUAAAAGUAUUUGUACUUAUUAGAAAACUAGAUGGAUGUUAAUUUCCCUUUCUAUAUAUAUAAAACAAAAUGGUAGCAAUAUUGUUCAUGAAAUAUUUUGUGUUCUAAUUUCACUUUUGAAGGAUGAAACGGAAAUUUCGGUUCAGUCCCUCUUCGAAUUCUCUGUUCAAGUCGGGAAUCAUGGCAAUACCAACAUGAUAUGAACUAUCCAGACGCCUUUUAUUUUUCCUAAAGUUUACACAAAUUCUAUAAUUCAACAUGUUAAAGAAAUGUGACCAAGCCUUCAGUAACU